AUGUUUUUUGAUUUCAAUAGCCUCGCGAAUCAUCCUUGGAAGGAAUCGGUGUUCUUUAGCGAGGAUCUGCGGUCUAUCAAAUCUGAUGUAGUGACGGGGGCGAUCCUAGAACGAGUGAAGCCGGCCACAGUCGAGCGUGUACCUGCUGUACUGCCAUAUGUUAGAGGAGUCACUGACAAGAUUGGCUACAUCUUGAAGCGCGCUUCCAUCAAAACAUACUUCAAGCCGCUGAAGAAGAUUGGUCAGUUUUUACCAUCGGUCAAGUGUAAUGUCCCUCUGCAAGAUGCAGGAGUGUACAAGCUUGAUUGUGAAUGUGGUCUCUCCUACAUAGGACAAACUAAAAGAUCAAUAAAAACCCGCGUUAAAGAACAUAUAGCUGAUGUGAAGAAUCGACGCUCCGGGAAGUCUGCAGUCUGUGAACACGUACAGGAUCGCCCCCGUCACUACAUCAGAUUUGAUAGACCGCAGAUCCUCGCUAAAGAACACCGAUUCCUUCCAAGGAUGAUUCGCGAGGCUAUUGAAAUCAAAAAACAUCCUAAUUUCAAUAGAGAAGAUGGCUGGGUGCUACCAUCUGCUUGGGAUCCUAUAAUAAAUAAAAUUAAAUCCCAACCCAAGCAUACAACUGCAAGACUUCAAGAUACCAUAAGUUCAUACUGCAUAGAUCGGAACAAAAGUUAA